AUGCCCAAGCGAAAAGGCGCUACGGGGUUUUCCGGCGUGGCCCCCGGGUCCGAUGACGAGGGUGAUUUACAGAUUAACGAAACCCAGGAGGAACGACCCACGAAGAAAACCAGAGGAAGACCUCGCUCAAAGUCCGCGGAGGCUAAGCCGCCUGCAAAGACGAAGACAGACUCGACAACCCCCGCCCCGGCCGCAGAACCGACGACGAAGAGGGCCACGCGCAGAGGUCGACCAAAGGGCUCCGGAACCUCGGUGCAGGCAGCGGAAGAGCAGGAGACGACUGAUCAACAAGAACCAGACAAUGCGACAGAGGAGGAUGGAGGUGCGCAGGCAGAAGAAAAUGCCGCGACUGCCAAUGGCCAGGUAGAUGGCGCGCAGGAGGCCCCCAAGUCCAAAAAAGCUGCAAAACCUGCAAAGUCUACAGGUACACGUGGUCGGAAGAAGGGAAACACGGGGAGUCAGCUCAAGACCGAUGGGGAAUUCGAGUAUACGCCCACCGUGACGCGACAAACAAGAUCCCCAGGAAAGAGGAAGGAACAGGCAGAGCAACCAGAAAAACCAGAGCAGCCGAAGAGACAGCAGCGGAAAACCCGCAUGCAGACCGAGGCCGAUAACGAAGCGCCCGAGACUGAGAACGAGGCGCCCGACGUACCCGAGAUGGUUGAAGAGACGAUGUUGCAGGAAGAGCCCGUGCUGCCGCGUGCGGCUUCGUCCUCGCCCACGAAGCGCAGGCAAUCGACCCUGCUUAGCUCCCCGUCAAAGCGCAGAAGCGGGACCGCUGGUGAGGAGGAGAAGAAUGGGGGAGAGCCGGAGCUACGACGCCGGAUCGGUGAACUUACACGGAAAUGCGAUACUCUAGAGAACCGAUACCGCACCUUGAGGGAGAUUGGCAUCGUGGAGGCAAAUACCAACAUGGACAAGUUACGGAAACAGUGUGAAUCAAUGAAGACUGCAUCGGACAAUGCAGUUGCCUCUUUGAAAGAAGAGCUAGGAGCACAGAAAGCGUUAGGCCAGCAAAGUCGGACCCUGCAGAAACAGUUGAAGGAACGCGACGCCGAAAUUGCUCAGCUCAAAGCGCAAGCUGAAGAAGCCUUGUCUCAAGUGUCGUCGGCCCAAACAGAAGCCAAGGCUCUUAAAACUAAGCUUGCUGCUGCUCGAAAUACCGCCGCAAGCCUGGAAAACGCCGCUAUCAAGGUACCCGGCAGCGCGAUCAAGGGUGGUGGUGCGAACCGGGCCAACGCCGAAGCUGCGCAUGCGGCCCAGUUCGCGCAAUUGAAGGAGGAUCUGUAUAGCGAUCUCACAGGUCUCAUCAUCCGGGACGUGAAGAGGAGGGAGGCUGACAACCUGUAUGACUGUAUCCAGACCGGCAUCAACGGAACCCUUCAUUUCAAGUUGGCCGUCCCUCUGGAUGAAGCCGCCGCCAGUUUCGAGACCGCCGAAUUCCAAUAUAUUCCGCUGUUGGACGAGAACCGAGACCGCGAGCUGGUGGACAUGCUUCCGGAAUACCUCACCGUGGACAUUACAUUUGUUCGCCAGCAAGCAUCGAAAUUCUAUACGCGAUCCUUGUUACUCUCUGGAACUGGAUUUCCUCCCAAGGAACUCAUGGCGCGUCUCGGCCGCGUGGGGUUUCUUACCCUCGCGGUGGUAUUCCACCUCAUAUAUACCUAUUCGAUCUUCGAUAUAUACUUCGUCAGUCCGAUCGUGAGUGGCAUGAGGUCGUAUCGGGUGGAGCGAGAACCCGAUGCUGCAGCUCCAGCCCAACGUCUCUUCCUCUUUGUUGCCGAUGGCCUGCGCGCCGAUAAGGCAUUCCAAGCAUUCCCGGAUCCAGAUGCCUCCCCGGAGGCCGAGAGCGACGACCCCAUCCAUCUCGCGCCUUUCAUUCGAUCCCGCGUGCUUUCCCACGGCACCUUCGGCAUUUCGCAUACCCGCGUGCCCACCGAAUCGAGACCCGGCCACGUUGCGCUGAUCGCCGGUCUCUACGAGGAUGUGUCUGCCGUGACCACCGGGUGGAAGCUGAACCCGGUCAAUUUCGAUAGCGUCUUCAAUCGCAGUCGGCAUACAUGGAGCUGGGGUAGUCCGGAUAUCCUGGCCAUGUUCCAGGAGGGAGGCGUUCCGGGAAGGAUUGAUGCGGACAUGUACAGCGAGUCGGUCGAAGACUUUACGUCGGAUGCGACACAGCUCGAUAUCUGGGUUUUCGAUAAGGUCAAGGAACUCUUUGAAUCCGCCAAGACUGACCCGGAAUUGGAUGCGCGGCUUCGCGACGAUAAGCUCGUGUUUUUCCUCCAUCUCCUCGGCCUCGAUACCACCGGUCACGGCUUUCGCCCCUACUCGAAGGAAUACCUGCACAAUGUAAAGGUUGUGGACAAGGGGGUACAGGAAAUAACCAAGCUGGUGGAGGAAUUCUACGCGGACGACAAGACGGCGUUUGUCUUCACUGCCGAUCAUGGCAUGAGCGACUGGGGCAGCCACGGGGACGGCCAUCCCGAUAACACGCGGACGCCUCUAGUUGCUUGGGGCUCUGGCGUCGCCAGUCCGAGAUACACGCAGGACGGCUUUCCGUCAGGACACGAGGACGGCAUUUCGUCCGAAUACGGACUCGACGAGAUUCAGCGCCAUGACGUCGCGCAGGCAGAUGUCGCCGCUCUGAUGGCCUACCUGGUCGGACUGGAUUUCCCCACGAACUCCGUCGGUCAGUUGCCAUUGGAUUACCUGGAUGCGAGCCCCAAGGACAAGGCGCUCGCUUCCCUUGCAAACACCCAAGAAGUGUUGGAAAUGUAUCGCGUGAAGGAGGAGCAGAAAAGAGCCUCGGUGUUGCGCUAUGUGCAAUUCGAACCCCUCGCGGAUGACGGCGAAACCUCCGUCGAGGAUUAUCUCGAGCAGAUCAAGACCCUGAAUGCCAAUGGCCUGUAUCAGGAGUCGAUCGACUUGUCCGCUUCACUGUUGUUUACGGCAUUGGAGGGACUGCGCUAUCUACAGACGUAUGACUGGCUCUUCCUGCGAACCAUCAUCUCCUUCGGGUACCUGGGCUGGAUCGCGUAUGCGUUGACAACGGUCAUCGAUCUCCACGUGCUGCAUGGGACCUCCGAUUCGAAUCGGACCUUGAUGAGCACUAUCUUCUUCUCAUCCAUCCUUGUCGUGCUCUUCUCGGUGUUCUUGUACCAGGUAUCUUCCUGGCGCUACUAUUUCUACGCACUCUUCCCCGUCUACUUCUGGGAGGAAGUGUUUGCUCGUCGCAAAGCUUUGGCCGCAGGCCGUCGGAUUCUCCUGGGCCAUGUCCAUUCUGCCAGCGGUGUCGUUGGAUUUGUCUUGCAGUCGCUGGCGUUUGUGGGUGUAUUGGAGGCUCUAGUGCAAUCCUAUUUCCACCGCGAGAUCUACACGGGUUGCUUUCUGCUGGGAGCCUUUUGGCCUCUGUUCUACGGCACCAAGGUUGUCAAAGCGAACAAAUUGCUUUCCGCCUCGUGGGCUAUUGGCUGCGGAUUGAUGAGUACUUUUACCUUGCUGCCUGCCAAUAAGGUCGAAGACAUUAAUAUGAUAACCUAUGGGGCAUUGUUAAUGUUCUUCACUGGCCUGCUGUAUCUUCUGUUCGAAGACAGUAUCUUGCGGCAAAGUAAAACCUCAGCACUGUCUGCCACUAGCAGCGGCUCGCGGACAAUCAUGGGCAUCCAGCUCGGCAUGGUCUUGCUUGCUCUUAUCGUUACUCGGUCUAGUGCCACCUCUCUCCAAGCGAAAGAGGGUCUUCCCAUUGGUAACCAGGUGGUUGGAUGGCUUGUGUUGGUUUUCUCGCUUCUCCUACCGUUCUUCCACCAACUCUACCCUAACAGCCAUUACCUGCACCGAUUGAUGAUUAUCUUCCUUACCUUCUCUCCGACCUUCAUCAUUCUGACCAUCUCUUACGAGGGCCUGUUCUACUUUGUCUUCUGUAUGACCCUGAUCACAUGGGUUCGGCUGGAACAUGCCGUUUACGAGUCCACCGCGGCGCCUCCUGCCAAGGAGCAGGGGGCAGGCAAAGAGCCGGAGGUGCCUAAGAAGCCCGGUACGGAGUCCACAGUCAUCGUGCAGGGCCAAGCCUACCCGUACCGGGCCCUAAGCCUGUCCGACGCGCGCGUGGCCCUUUUUUUCUUCUUCCUUCUCCAAUCCGCCUUCUUCAGUACGGGCAACAUCGCGUCCAUCUCCUCGUUCUCGUUGGAAAGCGUCAACCGGCUCAUCCCGAUCUUCAACCCGUUCAGCCAGGGGGCCUUGUUGAUCUUGAAGCUGCUGAUUCCGUUCGCGAUCAUCAGUGCCAACCUUGGCAUCCUGAACCGCCGGCUGGAAGUGGCGCCCAGCGCUCUUUUCAUGGUGGUGAUGUCCAUCUCGGACGUCAUGACGCUGAACUUCUUUUACAUGGUGCGCGACGAGGGGUCCUGGCUGGACAUUGGCACGACGAUCAGUCACUUCUGCAUCGCCAGCUUCCUGUGCACUUUCGUGGCCGGGUUGGAGUUCUUGAGUGAGGCCUUGAUCAGCGGAGUACACUUUGGUCGGGACGCUGUCAACGGCACCGCGGAGGAUGCUUCCUCGGAGAAGGCUGACGGGGUGAAUGAGAAAAUGGCCCGGUAG